AUGUUAAUGUUUUCUUCUCCAGUUGCUCCAACGGUUCCUUCAGUGUCUUUCAGUCCCUCUGGUGAAAUCGUUGAGGGCAGUUCAGUGACUCUGACCUGUACCAGUGAUGCAAACCCACCUGUUACUAAAUACACCUGGUACAAGAGAGGAAAUAAUCGACUUCAGUCAAGAGGUGAAGGACAGCAGUUUGUCCUCAGCUUCAUCAAGUCUUCUGACUCUGGAUCAUAUUCAUGUGUAGCUGAGAACAGUCUGGGGCGGAAGAUGUCAGAAUACAUCUAUAUUGAUGUGAAAUAUCCUCCCAGACUUCCCUCUGUGUCCGUGAGUCCGUCUGGUCAGAUAGUGGAGGGCAGUUCAGUGACUCUGACCUGUACCAGUGAUGCAAACCCACCUGUUACUAAAUACACCUGGUACAAGAGAGGAAAGAAUCAACCUCAGUCAGGAGGUGAAGGACAACAGUUUGUCCUCAGCUUCAUCAAGUCCUCUGACUCUGGAUUAUAUUCAUGUGUAGCUGAGAACAGUCUGGAACAGAAGAUGUCAAAGUUUGUUCAUAUUGAUGUGAAAUAUCCUCCCAGACUUCCCUCUGUGUCCGUGAGUCCGUCUGGUCAGAUAGUUCAGGGCAGUUCAGUGACUCUGACCUGUACCAGUGAUGCAAACCCACCUGUUACUAAAUACACCUGGUACAAGAGAGGAAAUAAUCGACUUCAGUCAAGAGGUGAAGGACAGCAGUUUGUCCUCAGCUUCAUCAACUCCUCUGACUCUGGAUCAUAUUCAUGUGUCUCUGAGAACAGUCUGGGGUUGAAAAUGUCAGAAUACGUCUAUAUUGAUGUGAAAUAUCCUCCCAGACUUCCCUCUGUGUCCGUGAGUCCGUCUGGUCAGAUAGUGGAGGGCAGUUCAGUGACUCUGACCUGUACCAGUGAUGCAAACCUACCUGUUACUAAAUACACCUGGUACAAGGAGGAUGAAGACUCACCAAAAGCAUCAGGACAGAACUUCACCAUCACUGAUAUCAGAUCUGAACACAGUGGGAAUUAUUACUGUGAAGCCCAGAACAGCAGAGGACGACAGAACUCCACCUCACAUCUGAUUGUUGUAUCAUCCAAAUGGAAAUCCGUAGCAGCUGGAGUGACUGUUGCCGUUGUCCUUCCCAUAAUCCUUAUCUCUGUCUUCCUAUUAGUCAGGUGUGCAAACAACAUAGGAGCGUGGCUGAUCAUGUUGUCUCACGACAACCCCGGGCCUCCAUUUGUCUCCUGA